UUCGUUUAUCCCCACCCACAGUAGAAUUAAAGCCAAUCAGAGCCGCUCGGUGGGCGGAGUUACGGGCAGUGACGGAAGCCGUGCGGUGCCAAAAAGGUUGUUGGUAAGGUCGUCGCGUUUUACUGACGGCGCCGUGUGUCAACCAUGAGCUGGUGCGUGUCCCGGGUGUCCGCCGCUCUCCGGAGCCCCGCCGUCCGCCGCCUGCUGAGCAGCAACAACACCUCCCGGGAGUAUCUGGACGGACUGGUGAAGAAGGACAAGGUGGUCGUGUUCAUGAAGGGGACCCCGGCGCAGCCUCUGUGCGGGUUCAGUAACGCUGUGGUGCAGAUCCUGCGGAUGCACGGAGUGGGCGAGUACGCGGCGUAUAACGUGCUGGAGGACCAGGACCUCAGGCAGGAGGUGAAGAAUUACUCCAACUGGCCCACCAUCCCGCAGGUGUACCUGAACGGGGAGUUUGUGGGGGGCUGCGACAUCCUCCUUCAGAUGCACCAAAACGGAGACCUGGUGGAGGAGCUGAAGAAGAUGGGGAUCCGAUCCACACUGUUAGACGCAGAACCCAGCCAGGAGAAGAAGUAGCGCGGAGGAGGAGGAGCUCUGUCCGCAUUGGGAACUGUUUAUACCGACCCCCUGAAGCAGCGGCUGCUGCUGCGGCCCAUCUGCAUCGGGGAAGCCUUAUGUUACCACGAUGAACUGUUCUGCCGAUCCUCUGUCCACAGAAUCGGCGCAGCAGAAGACUAUAUAUUCUGUCCGGGUCCACCAUCUACCUGUAUGGAAGGAUUGUACGAAUGUUAGACCACGACCACUGAUGUAAAGAGGAAUAUAAUAAGAGUGGAAAUAAAAUAUAAUUGUGUAGAGAAUGGGCGUCUUACCAGAGAUUUACCAUAACCGAAAAGGAGAAAUUAACUGCGUCAUCCAUUUUGACUUCAGUGUUUCCCAACCAGGGUGCCUCCAGCUGUUGCAGAACUACAACUCCCAGCAUGCCAAUGUGCAAUGUGACACCAGCUCAGCUAGGGUAGCCUGAAAUGCCAU